AUGACUUCGCGUCAAAAAUCUACUGAGAUGUCAUCGGAUACUGUGAGCCUCUUCAAAGAGCUCACCCUUAAAGAUGCUGAAAAAGCACUGGCGGCUGAUCUGGAACUCCUUGUGGGUAGUAUACCGGAUACUCACCCGUUAGAGAAAGAAAAUUUCCGCUCACAAAUGGAAUCUUUCAAAGAGCUAUUUAAAAGAUACUUGCAUGACACGUCGGGUACAUUUGAUUGGAAAGAGAUUCAACCUGUGCCGACGCAAAGUAUGAAAAUGUACAAUGCUCUUCCUAUGCCAAGUGAUAAAGAAGUAAUCCGUCAACAGUUGAAUAAAUUGGUUGUCGUGAAACUGAACGGUGGUCUCGGCACUACAAUGGGUUGUACUGGACCAAAAUCGCUGAUAUCUGUUCGAAAUGAUCUUACAUUUUUGGAUUUAACUGUACAACAAAUUGAGAGACUAAAUAAUGAAUACGGUACAAGUAUCCCUUUGGUUUUAAUGAAUUCUUUCAAUACUCAUGCUGAAACUGAAAAAGUUUUACGCAAAUAUCAACAAGUCAAUGUUCGAAUAUCAACAUUUUUACAAAGCUCUUAUCCCCGGUUAAAUCGAGAGUCUUUACUUCCUCUGGCUAAAUGCGCUCAUAAACCAGAGAGUGGAAGUUGUGAAACAAGACGACAAACAGACAUGAAUUAUCAUCCUGAAGAAUGGUAUCCACCUGGACACGGUGAUUUCUAUCGUAGUUUUGUUGCAUGUGGUUUAGCUGAAAAAAUGAUAAAUGAUGGUAAAGAAUGGGUUUUUCUCUCCAAUAUUGAUAAUCUUGGAGCAACUGUUGAUUUGAAUAUUUUAAAUUUCUUGAUGAAUAAAGAACUACACCGUGGUGGAGAUUCUCCUGAGUUUGUAAUGGAAGUUACUGAUAAAACGCGAGCUGAUGUUAAAGGUGGUACUUUAACUAAAUAUCGUGGACAUUUGCGCCUUCUUGAAUUAGCUCAGGUACCAGAGGAUCAUGUUGAUGAUUUCGCUAGUGUUCGUACUUUUAAAAUAUUUAAUACUAACAAUCUAUGGAUUGAUUUAAGAGCUCUUCAUCGAUGUGUGAAAGACAAGACACUUCAUAUGGAAAUCAUAGUAAAUCCGAAGACUUUGGAUUCAGGGACAAAUAUAUUACAGUUGGAAGAGGCAGCUGGGGCAGCAAUCAAGUCAUUCAAUGGUGCCUUUGGUGUAAAUGUUCCACGAAGUCGUUUCCUUCCGGUUAAAACUACUUCAGAUUUAUUGCUAGUUAUGUCUAAUUUGUAUGUCCUCGAAGGUGGAACUUUAUCAGUAUCACCGUUACGCAGUUUCCCGUCUGUGCCUUUAAUAAAACUUGGUAGUCAUUUCAAAAAAGUGAAAGAUUUUUUGACCAGAUUUGGAAGUAUACCAGAUUUACUGGAAUUGGAUCAUUUGACUGUAACAGGCGAUGUAUAUUUUGGCAAAGGAAUUGUGUUGAAGGGGACAGUUAUUAUAAUCGCCAAUUUCGGUAGUCUCAUCAGUAUACCACCAGGUUCAAUAUUAGAAAAUAAAAUUGUUUCAGGAAAUUUACGUAUUCUGGAUCACUAG